CAUCAUGAAGACCAUCGCAAUUCUCAUCUCCGUCGUCGCCGCUGCUGUGGCCCUUGAGCCUUGCGUCUGUACCUUCGACUACAGGCCAGUCUGUGGAUCUGAUGGUCGCACCUAUGGAAACUUGUGCGGCUUGAAGUGCGAACAGCGUACAGAUUCCACACUGACUUUGGCCUACCAUGGAGAAUGCAAAGCUGUAGUCGAAAAGAGAUCCGAAGAGCUGUGCUUCUGCACCGAUGAUCUCCGUCCAGUUUGCGGAACCGACGCAGUCACUUACGAUAACCAGUGCCUGUUAGGAUGCGCUCGUCGCACCGACGCCUCCAUAUAUGUGCUGUACGAAGGUGUUUGCAAGAAGAACCAGGAGCCAAUAUGCAUCUCCACAUGCAACAUACAGAACUGGAUGUCAGAGAGAGGUCUGACACUUGCGCCAGAAAAAACAGAAGCGGUGUUACUGAUCGGAAGGAGGAAAGCAAAACCUUUAAAAUAUUCCAUAUCAGGCACAGAAAUAACACCGAAGAAAGUCAUUAAAUACCUGGGGGUCUUCAUUGACAGUAGCCUGACCUAUGCCGAGCAUAUCAGGGCAGUAGCCAUUCUACAGCUGUAA